CCCUGAAGCCAGAUCUGGCUCUGCUGGCCAUUAACACACUGUGCAAGGACUGCUGGGACCCCAACCCUAUGGUGCGUGGGCUGGCACUGAGGAGCAUGUGUAGCCUCAGGUGAGCACCCUCUUCCCUGCCUGGUCCUCGGUGCCUGAUGAAGUCACAAGGAUGCCUGGUGUGCAGGAAUAUAUCCAACAGCCUAUUCUCAAUGGUCUGCGGGAUAAGGCUUCAUAUGUCAGGAGGGUAGCAGUACUUGGCUGUGCCAAGAUGCAUAAUCUUCAUGGAGACGCUGAAGUGGAUGGUGCCUUGGUAAAUGAGUUGUACAGUUUGCUGCGGGACCAGGAUCCAAUUGUGGUUGUGAACUGCCUGAGGUCUCUAGAGGAAAUUCUAAAACAGGAAGGAGGUGUUGUCAUUAAUAAGCCCAUCGCCCACCAUCUCUUAAAUAGAAUGUCAAAACUGGACCAAUGGGGUCAGGCUGAAGUUUUGAAUUUUCUGCUUCGCUACCAACCCCGCAGUGAAGAGGAACUAUUUGACAUUCUCAAUCUGUUGGACAGCUUUCUCAAGAGCAGCAGCCCAGGCGUGGUGAUGGGAGCCACCAAGCUUUUUCUGAUCUUGGCAAAAAAGUUUCCCCAUGUACAAACUGAUGUGCUUGUGCGCGUCAAGGGACCUCUGCUAGCUGCCUGUUCUUCAGAGAGUCGGGAGCUCUGUUUUGCUGCUCUCUGUCAUGUGCGCCAAAUCUUGCAUAGUUUGCCAUGUCACUUUAGCAGCCACUACAAAAAGUUUUUUUGCUCCUACUCGGAGCCUCACUAUAUCAAGCUUCAGAAGGUGGAGGUGCUUUGUGAACUGGUAAACGAUGAGAACGUGCAGCAAGUGUUAGAGGAGCUUCGGGGGUACUGCACUGAUGUGUCUGCUGACUUUGCACAGGCAGCCAUCUUUGCCAUAGGUGGCAUUGCCAGGACUUACACAGAUCAGUGUGUACAGAUUCUAACAGAGUUGCUGGGGCUUCGACAAGAGCACAUUACCACAGUGGUGGUGCAGACUUUCCGAGACCUGGUUUGGUUGUGUCCUCAGUGUACUGAAGCUGUGUGUCAGGCCCUGCCCGGCUGUGAGGAGUACAUUCAAGAUAGCGAGGGCAAGCAGGCACUUAUUUGGUUACUUGGUGUCCAUGGGGAAAGAAUUCCCAAUGCUCCUUAUGUGUUAGAGGACUUUGUAGAAAAUGUGAAGUCAGAGACAUUUCCUGCCGUUAAAAUGGAGCUGAUCACUGCACUGCUGCGGCUUUUCCUCUCACGCCCUGCUGAGUGCCAAGACAUGCUGGGACGUCUGUUAUACUACUGCAUAGAGGAGGAAAAGGAUAUGGCUAUACGGGACCGAGGACUCUUCUGUUAUCGCCUCCUUUUAGCUGGCAUUGAUGAAGUUAAGCGGGUCCUGUGUAGUCCUAAAUCUGACCCUUCUCUUGGACUUUUGGAGGAUCAGGCAGAAAAACCAGUGAAUAGCUGGGCUUCAGACUUCAAUACACUGGUGCCAGUGUAUGGCAAAGCCCGCUGGGCAACUAUUUCUAAAUGCCAGAAGGUAGAGCAUAGUGCUCCAGAGUUUCCUCCCAGUGCAUCCUCUGCCACUUCAGGGCACCUGAUUCCUGAAGAAAACAAGGAGGGAGUACAAGAAAUUCCUGAUUCUGAAGCUCUCAUGCUAGUCCCCAAUCGCCAGCUUACUGCUGAAUAUUUUGAGAAAACUUGGCUUAGCCUUGAAGUUGCUCAUCAGCAGGUGUUACCUUGGCAGGGAGAAGUGCCUCCUGACACCCUUCAGAUGGCUCUACAAGUAGUGAACAUUCAGACCAUUGCAAUGAGCAGACCUGGUGCUCAGCCAUGGAAAGCUUACCUCAGUGCUCAGGAUGAUACUGGUUGUCUGUUCCUAACAGAACUGCUGUUGGAGCCUAAGAACUCUGAAAUGCAGAUCUCUAUAAAACAAAGUGAGGCAAGAACUGAGACAAUGAAUAGUUUUAUUGCUGUAUUAGAAACUGUGAUUAGAACAGUUGGAAACAUAAAAUCAUAGCAGAUUCUUGCUGCUUGCCCUGAGUGAGAUGAAUAGCUAUGAGAAUUACUUAGUUUUUCUCAUUAGAUAUACUUGUAAGUUCAAAUGAGACCAGAUGCAAAGGAGAAUGGAAAAUUUAGGAAUUUAGAGUCAUUUUCUUGCCCAAAGACUACUGACUUACUUCCUUCUUGAUUCAUAGUGGUGACAUUGUAAAGAUGGUGUUGGUAAGAAGUUGGGGACAAGGUACAGAUAGGAUUGGGAUUUUUUUCUAAUCAAUUUGAGAUUGAGGUUACUAUUUGUGUGUGUAAGAGAGCCUUUGUGUGUGUGUGUGUGUGUGUGUGUGUGUGUGUUCAUGGAAGGCAAAUGCUCUACCAUUGAGCCACCUCCUCUGCUCCUGUGUUACUUAUUAAAGAUGAGUACUAUCUGUGGAAACUGAUGGGGGUCAUUAUUUCUGAGGGUCACUUUUUCUUCAGUAAACCUACUCUUCUCAUCAUUCCAAUUGUGCUCUUUUAGGUGAGGGCCCACAUUGCUUUGUACAUCUACCGCCCUUUGGCGUAUAGUGCUAAAGUACCUCUUCAUGUCCUUUCUCACCAAUCCUAAAGCACCCUCUUCUGACAAAAGCAUACCACAGCAUUUUCCUGAGUGCUUUUUCUCACACUUGUACCUUAACACCUGCUUUUAGUUUUUGCCUAGAACAUUUCUUUACCCUCCUAUCCUCUUUAAUUAACACAUAGUGAAUCUUUCAGUAUUCAGCUGAGUUGUAAGCUCUUUCAGGAAGUUUUUUAUGCUCCUCACUGCCUUCAUUAGAGAUCUUGUUCAAGCUGUCAAAGCUUCCAGUGCAUACCUGUAGCAGUACUAUGGCAGUUGUUUUCU